CGAGCACAGGAGUAGAAUACACAGCAUCUCUAUCGCAAGCAUCGGGCGCUCGGAGCAGGCCGGGCACAGGGUACGGCGAGACGAAAUGGCGCAAGCAGUGCAGACCAACGGUGCCCAGCCGCUGAGCAAGACAUGGGAGCUCAGUCUGUAUGAGCUGCAGAGGACACCACAGGAAGCAAUAACCGACGGGCUGGAAAUUGUGGUAUCCCCUCGAAGUCUGCACAGUGAACUUAUGUGUCCCAUUUGCUUGGACAUGCUGAAGAACACAAUGACAACGAAAGAGUGCUUGCAUCGAUUUUGUGCUGACUGCAUCAUAACAGCCCUCAGAAGUGGAAACAAAGAGUGCCCUACUUGUAGGAAGAAGCUAGUUUCCAAAAGAUCACUACGGCCAGAUCCGAACUUUGAUGCUCUAAUAAGCAAAAUCUAUCCAAGUCGGGACGAGUAUGAAGCUCACCAGGAGAGAGUUUUAGCCAGGAUUAAUAAGCAUAACAACCAGCAGGCUCUCAGUCACAGUAUUGAGGAAGGAUUGAAGAUACAAGCCUUGAACAGGUUACCAAGAGGUAAAAAGCAACAGGUAGAAAACGGGAGUGGAGCUGAAGACAAUGCGGACAGUUCCCAUUGCAGUAACGCUUCUGUUCAUAGUAACCAGGAAGCAGGGCCCAGUAACAAGAGAACCAAAACAUCAGAUGAUUCAGGGCUAGAGCUGGACACAAACAAUGAGACUGCAUCCAUGGAUUCUGUUUUGGAUGGAGCAAGUGAGAUUGAGUUGGUCUUCAGACCUCACCCAACACUGAUGGAAAAAGAUGACAGUGCACAGACUCGAUACAUAAAGACUUCAGGUAAUGCCACAGUGGAUCACUUAUCAAAAUAUUUAGCUGUGAGGUUGGCCUUGGAAGAGUUUCGAAGCAAAGGAGAGAACAAUGAGAUGAGCCUCAGUGCUGCGAGCGAGAAACAGUACACUAUUUACAUUGCUACAGCAAAUGGACAAUUUACCGUGCUGAAUGGUUCAUUCUCCUUGGAACUAGUCAGUGAGAAAUACUGGAAGGUAAACAAACCAAUGGAAUUAUACUACGCACCCACCAAGGAGCACAAAUAAUGAGUUGGACCUUCCUUUUUGUAAGCAGAUUUGUUAUAUUCAGAACUCACUUGUAAACAACGCACUUUUUAAAACCAAGUGUAACCAGUUCCACCCAUGGAUAAUAACUAUUUUUACCACCACCACGUACAAGCUCUUUUUUUGCAGUUUUUCAUUAUAGUGCUUAAAGGUAAGCUUUUUAGCAGCAACCAGAACAAAUCAGAGGUGUAUCGAAUCUGUAAUAGAGGGAAUAUCUGGGUGGUUUGAUGGGGGAGUGGUGAUAAGUAGCAAGCUGACCCACCCAUGACCCAAUUGAGGUUAUAUAUAUAUAUAUAUAUAUAUAUAUAUAUAUAUAUAUAUAUAUAUAUAUAUAUAUAUAUAUGAAAAACAGUCCACUGGCGGCCUGGGUGCUUAUUUAAAAAAAAAUCCAAAGUAUAUAGCAAGAAAAAACCGCACUGCUCAGGACUUAUAAUAAUUAAAAAAACCAUUUUAUUGGCACAUACUGACGUUUCGGCGGCUGCUGCUGCACAAAGCUUUGAAAAAGGCUGUACAUCAGUAUGUGCUAAUAAAAUGUUUUUUUUAAUUAUUAUAAGUCCUGAGCAGUGCGUUUUUUUUCUUGCUCUAUAUAUAUAUAUAUAUUAUAUAUAUAUAUAUAUUAUAUAUAUAUAUAUUAUAUAUAUUAUAUAUAUUAUAUAUAUAUAUAUAUAUAUAUAUAUAUAUAAUAUGUGUGUGUGUGGUGCAUUCAACCAAUUACCAGUUCUUAGAUGCAGGAUUUGCUGUGUCCCAUGUACAUCUUUCAAGGAUCCUUUUACUAGUAAGUGCAUAACCUUGAUAGAUUCCAAUCAGUAAUAUUUCAGAAAUCGUCACGUUUAUUAAAGGAAUUGUGUACAAAGAAACUUUUUUUUUUUUUUUUUUAUCUCAUUGCCAAUUCAUUGUUGUUGAAUUUUUUUGAGUACUUUUAGUAAUUACAUUAUAUACUCCUACUAGUGGUAUAAUUAUAAACAGAAAUGCAUCCACUUUGGGUGAUCUGGUGGGUGACCUGGAGCCCAGGUUCUGAUGGCUAACCCUGCUGUCUUUUGUUAAAGCUUUGGUACUAAAAUUCAUUUUCUUGAUAGACCUCUCGCUUCCACGCAAGAGUCAUUAGAAUUAACCAAGAAUAUUGAAUGUCGUUGAAUCUGAUGAAAACAGGGAGUGUAAGCUUGCUACAUUAAUAUCUGUACAGUGCAACAUGUAUUUAUACUUCAAUUUCCUGUAGGCAUGUCAAUGUUUGUGUCUAUAUUUCUGGUUCUAGUUGGCAGCAAAGGCAAACUUAACUAGAUGACUUGCGUGAAUAAUCCUUAUGCUACAGGAGACUUCUUUGUUUUGUAAAUAAAAUAUUUUCAGUUUAAAAA